GAGCGCAGCUGCUGUUUCCAGUCGGAGUUAUCAGCGUUGUUAGCUGACAUGGCUGCGCCCGUAUUAAGAGGCGUUCAGAAGCUGCUGAAGCUCGUGGAUUUCACUCCUGUCCCGCGGAGACAUCGAUAUAAGAAGAAAUGGGCUACCACAGAACCACAAUUCACUGCCAGUCGGCUUGCUCUGCAGAAUUUUGACAUGACCUACAGUGUACAAUUUGGGGAUCUUUGGCCAUCAAUCCGUGUUAGUCUUCUCUCAGAGCAGAAGUAUGGUGCAUUGGUCAAUAAUUUUGCUGCUUGGGAUGAUGUGAAUGCUAAGCUGGAGCAGCUGAGUGCCAAGGACUUCGUCAGUGAAGCCUUCUCUCACCAGAACCUGGAGCCUGAGAGUGGCCUCUCUCCAACUCCAUCCCUGGACUGCAGCCCAAACCUUCGAUGCUUCACUUUUUCCAGAGGGGACGUCAGCCGCUUUCCUCCUGCCAGACUUGGCAGCCUGGGUCUCAUGGACUACUAUCUGAUGGAUGCUGCCUCCUUGUUACCUGUCCUGGCUCUUGGUCUGCAGCAUGGAGACAUUGUGCUUGACCUGUGUGCUGCUCCUGGGGGAAAAACCCUGGCAUUACUUCAGACGGGCUGUUGCCGUAAUCUAGCUGCCAACGAUCUCUCCACUUCCCGAACAGACAGACUGCAGAGGGUCCUUCACAGUUAUGUACCUCAAGAUAUUAGGGAAGGGAACCAAGUUCGAGUUACCUCAUGGGAUGGCAGGAAGUGGGGAGAACUGGAGGGGGACACCUAUGACAGGGUGUUAGUAGAUGUGCCAUGUACCACCGACCGCCAUUCCCUUCAUGAGGAAGACAACAACAUCUUUCAGCGGUCAAGGAAGAAGGAGCGACAGAUGUUGCCUAUGCUGCAGGUGCAGCUUCUUGCGGCUGGACUCCUUGCCACCAAACCAGGAGGUCACGUUGUCUAUUCCACUUGCUCUCUGUCACACUUACAGAAUGAGUAUGUGGUGCAAGGUGCCAUUGAACUUCUGGCCAAUCAAUACAACAUCAAGGUUCAAGUGGAAGACCUGUCCCACUUCCGAAAGCUUUUCAUGGACACAUUCUGUUUCUUCCCAUCCUGCCAGGUUGGGGAGCUGGUAAUACCAAACCUCAUGGCCAAUUUUGGACCUAUGUACUUCUGCAAAUUGCAUAGGCUGCCAUAGUGUCACCCUGUCCCUGAAGUAGGAAGGUGAUGACUCUGUUGGAAGCAUUGAAACUGAGGCUAGUGGCAGAUGUAUCCCAAGGCUGGUCUCCAUCCAUCACAUUUAAAGAUAGUUGUAAACAGCAGGAAGUAGGGACUGCUGCCUAGCUAUGGAUUAUCAGCAGGUUUCUAACUCAUACUGUCACUUCUAUCUCUCAGCCUCUAAGGCUCCUGCUCCAUUAGGGAUUAAGACAGAAUCUGUGAAUAAGCCCAUAGUUUAAGCUGGAAACUUAGGAAGAAACAUUUAGCCAAUAAAGUUGCUGAAGUGCUCUAAGGGUGAGCCUGCAGUUGGGGCCAUCACAUCAGUCUAAGUUCUAUUUUGUUUAUGUGUCAGCUGAAGCUGCCAAGCACUCUCUCCAAAGUGCCCAACCCAGGCCUCCAGUCCUCCCACACUAGUGAGGUCCAUUUAAUCAGCCAACAGGCCCACCAGCCUCCCCAAGUGUCUCCAUAUGGCACAUGGUCUAAUUUAAGGAAUAAGUAACUGAAACGGUUGAGCCUGUGGCUGAUGAUCCUCUUACAGUGAAGAAGCUUUCCUAAGCUGUGUGCUUCUGGCUCUCCUUCAGAUGCAGCUGCAAAAGCUGCUCCUGGUACAGAUUGGUUUUGUAUGUUUCUUUAUUUCUUCCUAUAACAGCAAGUGUUCUGUGAUCAGCUAUGUUAUAUGUCAUAAGUGUCCUGUAUGACAGCUAUGGAGCUGUUAGAGAGAUGGUUGGGGCUAUGGGAAACAGUUGGGCUUCCUCAUUUCAGAAUGGCAACCUAUAUCUUUUCACUCUCCAAGUACCUAGGAAUUUCCUGACAUUUUUUUUUCAAAUGUCUUUUUAUUUCUAGUCUGUGCCCCAUUUCUGGUGCCUGCUUUGGCCCAUCUCCAAAUCCUUCAGAGUUCUUCCACAUUGCAGGGCUUUACCUCACACCCAGUGUUUUGGGGUGACAUUACAUAAGGUGUUGGUUGCAUGCUGAUUGUUUUGUAAGACUUGUCAAAACAAAGCAACUUUUAGUGCCAGGAAAUAGUAAACAUUGCCUAUGGUCAACUGUGUGUGUGUACCUUGUGAAUAACUUGAAUAUUUCUUGGCUUUUCCUACCUUCUUUAUUCUUCCUUUAUUACUAUUCUUUUUGUCUUUCAUGCCUUCCCUGUUAAGCUUUAUUUGAGUAUUAGAAGUAUCCAUUGAGAAGGAUGUUAGCAAAGAUUAAGACAUCUCCUUUCUUGAGAUUUGUAUUAUAACUGAGGACCCUGGAAGGGCUUCCAGACUUUAAGUCAAGUGAAGCUAGUAAAAUAGAAGUGCGGGGAACUUGGCUAACAUCUGAGUAGGACCCUCACCAGCCUCUGUUCAUGGCAUAUAAUCCCUGCCUGCUGUUUACUCUGUACUUGUAUUUCUGAAGCUGAGAGACCUUUGGUGCCUGGGUUUCUGCCUCUUGGAUAUCCACCUGGUGCUACGUGGUAAUCAUUGAGGAGAGGGUCUGCUGGCCCUUGGAUCAUGGUCUAAUUGACUGACAGAUUGGGUAAGAGAAAUAAAACUACUGUAUUAAGCAGGGUUUUCUAGAUGAAUAGAACCAAUAGCAUGUGUAUGUAUGCGCGAGCACACACACACACACAAGUAUACAUACAUAUAUGUGUAUGGGUUAUAAGGGGGGUUUAUUGGAUUGGAAAGAGCCUGAGUAGCCCACCAACAGCCAUUUGCAUACUGAAGAGGCAGAAAACUAGGUUCCCAAGAAUGCCUGAGAAGUUUCAGUCCAACACUGAAGUUUGGAAGCUUCUUAGAAAGUUGCAGCUAUUGAAUCAGUGUUAAGAACUGAAGAAUUGGUCUGAUGCUUGGUGGGCAGCAAUGGCAGUAGGUGGUAUUACUUGGAGCAGAAAGAGACUUGCUGAUUGGAGAGUUGCCUUCCCCUACUUACCUUCAUCAUCUAGGCAGUUUGCUUUUUUGAGGGUCCCACUCAUGUUCAGGAUGGAUCUUUUCCUCACUAGUCACUGUCCCAUGUGCCAGUCCUCUUGAAAAAUCCCUAGAGGCAUACAGAUGUGUUUGACUAGUCUGAGGCAUCUCCUAAUCCAGUCAUAUUGACAACUCAGACCAACUAUUACAAUGACUUCAGAAAAUGGUUUGUCUUCUGUAAUUGAACAUACCCUGCCCUCUAACUCAGUUACUACAGUGCUAAGGGUAAAUUCAAGAGAAACUCAUACAUGCAUGCCAGUGUACCUCUGAAGGAUGUUCAUAGCAGUCUUGCUCACAAGCAAAGCCCACACACAGUCCACAGGUCACUGUGCAAGAAAUUGGAUGAAUAAACUAGAUAUUCACACAAUGGAAUGUGUGAUGUAUGAUCUUAUUUUACCUUGCAAUCCAUCAAUGUGCUGUGUAAUGAGUUUUGUAUUUAAUAAUACAGCCAUAAUCAUCAAGAGACAUUGAAAAUAAUUCUAUCCUUAAAUGUUACCUUCUGGUCUUUGUUCUCAAUCACUACUUUUAUUUCUAGUCUCAGAUAGUAGCUGAUCUGCUUUCUAUCACUGUGGUUGGAAGAUGGAGUUGAUUUAUAGCUAUAUGAGAGGAGUAUCACCUUUAUCUGGACCGCUGGACUUCUGCUAUGUCACUUUGAAUAAGAUAAGAGGAUUAGGGUUAUUUAAAGUCUAAAGAUCCUGUGGUGACCCCAAGAUGUUACUGUGGGUUUGCAACUGGUCUAACUGGUUAGGUGCUUUCAGCUUAAUUACUUCCGUCAGGGUAUCAUAAAACCUUCCUGGGAACUUCUGAUCUGAACUUUCCCAAAGCUGGGAUUCAACCAUAGCAAAAAUCCUUGAUGAUGUAUAGUACAUGCCUGUAAGUGUAGCACUUGGUAGGUAGAGGCAGGAAUAUCAGGAGUUCAAGGUCAUCCUUAGCAACUCAGUAAAUUCCAGUCCUGCCUGGGCUGCAUGAGCCCUGUCUCAAAGAACCAAAACCCAAACCAAACCAAAAUAGCAGGGCUAGACCCAGGUGAUGGGGGCACACGCCUUCAAUCUCAGCACUCUUUCAAUACCAGGUAGAGGCAGGUGAAUCUCUUGAGUUCUAGGUCAGCCUGGUCUGCAGAGUUGAGUUCCAGGACAGCCAGGGCUACACAGAGAAACCCUGUCUUGAAAAACAAGGGAAUAAACAGAUACAGGGCUAGAGCACUUACCAGGGCUACACAGAGAAACCGUGUCUUGAAAGACCAAUAAAUAUGCUAAUAACA